AUGUCUGUGUCGGUAUAUUGUGAUGAACUCAGUAAUUCCGUUCAAUCCAUCGAUCUCCAUGGUGCUUCAGCAUUGAGCACCCGAACAACGGACACGCUGACAAGCUUAGAGGAUUCAGAGGAGUCUUCAAUCGAGAAGGCUAUACAAGCCGAGGCAGGACCAAUAUUACCUCCUGGUUAUCAGCUAUCCCAUUGUCUGGCCGAAGGCUGCAUGGGCCGUGUAUUCUUGGUUGUAAACCCGGAAACAAAGGACUGCUUGGCAGCUAAAGUGGUAAACGUGUUAGGUCGCUCUGGGUCCUCUUCCUUGCUGUCUCCGGAAAAACGGGCUGCUAAACUUCGUGCCGAAUUACGAACAGAAGCGGAACUACAGCGCAGGUUGAAGCAUCAUAACAUCGCUACUGUGUACGGCAUCCGGUGA